GAAAUCCAAAUCGCAUUUGCAAUCAGUUUCUGAUUUGCAAGACGACGAGGAUGCGGGAGGCCAAGCCGCUGCUGCGCCCUGCUGACGCCGAGGACAUUGACCAGCACGCGACGAUCGCGACGUCGUACCUCGGCCUCAUGAGCACGAUGGCCGGCGCAUGUAUCCUCGCGCUCCCGAGCACCAUGGGCGCGACCCACGUGCUGCCCAACCUCCUCAUCCUCGCGGCCGUGACAGCGCUGAGCCUCCUUGCGUGCGCGUGCCUUGUCGUCGCCUGCAACGCCACCGGCGUCUACUCAUACGAGCUUCUCUCCAAGCGCCUCUGCGGCCCGCUCGUGCUUUGGGGCAUCCGCGCCAUGACCAUGGGCCUCCUCUUCGGCGCCGUCGUCAUGUACAUCGUCAUCUCGAUGGACAUGCUCGAGCCGUUCGUGCCGCUCUCGCGCUUUGAGCUCGGCGCACUCUUCACGAUCAUCUGCCUCCCGCUCUGCCUCCCCGACACGAUCCACGCGCUGCGCUACACCAACUUCUUCGUCGUCCUCUGCGUGCUCUACAUCGUGGUCGUGCUCUCGUGGCAUGCGAUCGGCAUGGACUGGCCGACGCCGUCGACGACGCACGUGACGUACGGCGCGAUCGCGUACGCCGUCCCGAUCCAAGCGCUGAGCUUCUGCUGCCACCUCAACGUGCCCCGCGCGUACGGCGAGCUCGUGCACCGGAGCCAGAUCACGAUCGUGUCGACGCUCAUCAUGGGCUCGGGCGCGGCCUUGUACUUGAUUGCGUCGAUCGCGGGCUACGUCUGCUUCAACGGGAUGCCGCCGGCCGACAUUCUCACGGGCUUUUCGUCCGAGGACGCGAGCAUCAACGGCGUCCGCAUCGCGCUUGGCCUGUGCAUGAUGUGCAAGACGCCCGUGACCUUUCAGCCGAUCCGCGAGGUCAUUGAGACCGUCUUCCUCGGGCCCAUGACGCACGCCGAGGCGCGCCACCGCCUCCCGUUCCGCGUCCUCGCCACAUCGAUCUUUCUGCUCGCGGCCUUUGUGCUCGCCGUGACGGCCGAAGACGUUGGCGUCGUCAUGGGCUGGAUCGGCGGCACGACCGGCAUCCUCCUCGCCUUCACUGUGCCUGGCUACUUUGUGUGGCAAGUGGCCAACGACGCGUACAACGAAUGGACGCCUACCGACAAGACCCGCGGCCGCGUGGUCGCCGUCGGCAUGAUGGCCACGGGCGUUGCGCUCACGAUCAUCUCAAUCACCAAGUAGAGAGGCCGUAGACCCCAUAGUACAUAUAACCAUUGCUCGUACAGCUCCAUGGUCUUGACCUGCGCGAUGCAGUCGGUCUGGCC